AGCGGGAACUUCCCCCCCCUGAGCCAUGCGGGGUCCAGGCCAACGGCUGCUGGCGAGUGCAGCCCCUUCACCGAGAUAGCCAUGAACAGCUGCCGGCACAACGGGGGGGCCAUGGGGCCGCUGGGCCGCUUGGGCAUCUCCCCCCGCCACCUGCGGGAGCUGGACGCCGAGACGCAGCCGCUGCAGACCUUCCCCGACUCCGACCUGGAGGUGGUGGUCUCCAAGGGCGAGCGGGGGAAGGGCUCGGACCCCCAGCUGGACGGACAGGUGGAGGAGGGGGACGUGCCCCCCCGGCAACCCAAGAAGAGGAGCCCGAACGUGGGCCAUCGGCUGGGGCACCGGCGGGCGCUCUUUGAGAAGCGGAAGCGGCUAAGCGACUACGCCCUCAUCUUCGGCAUGUUUGGCAUCGUGGUGAUGGUGACGGAGACGGAGCUCUCCUGGGGCAUCUACACCAAGGAUUCUUCCUACUCCUUUGCCCUGAAAUGCCUCAUCAGCCUCUCCACUGCCAUCCUCCUGGGGCUGAUCAUCAUGUACCACGCCCGGGAGAUCCAGCUCUUCAUGGUGGACAACGGGGCGGACGACUGGCGCAUCGCCAUGACCUACGAGCGCAUCUUCUUCAUCUCCCUGGAGCUGCUGGUCUGCGCCAUCCACCCCAUCCCCGGCCAGUACGUCUUCACCUGGACCACCCGGCUGGCCUUCACCUACGCCACCUCGGAGGCCAGCACGGACGUGGACAUCACCCUCUCCAUCCCCAUGUUCCUGCGCCUUUACCUGAUCGGGCGGGUGAUGCUCCUGCACAGCAAGCUCUUCACCGACGCCUCUUCGCGCAGCAUCGGCGCCCUCAACAAGAUCAACUUCAACACCCGCUUCGUCAUGAAGACCCUCAUGACCAUCUGCCCCGGCACCGUCCUGCUGGUCUUCAGCAUCUCCUCCUGGAUCAUCGCCGCCUGGACGGUGCGCGUCUGCGAGAGGUAG